CGACCGUGAUGGAGUCGGAGCCGUCGAACCAGACGCCGUCCACGGACAAACCAUCAUCCGAGCGCAAGGCGUCGGCAAUCGCCGAGGCGCGGCAGGUGUUUGAAGCCCGACAUCGAGCUGUCCAGGCGCAGGACGUCUACCUCUUUGGCCGGGACCCAUACGCUGGCGACCCCGCGCAGACCAAGCAGGGCGACGUGGCCGCCAUCACGGACGACUUUCCACCCGAGCACAUGAUCCUCGAGCUCAGUGCAGGACACGAGUGGUCGGCAGCCUUGAUGCAAGACAAUAGCGUCUACACGUGGGGCAGCAACACAGGCAUCCGCAUUGUUCGCAUCUCUUGUGGUGGUACGCAUGGGGGGUUCCUCGCGGAUACCGGCGCGCUUUACAUGGUCGGGGACGGCCGCUAUGGCCGCCUCGGCAACGGCUCGAUGGAGAUGGCGCUGACGCCCGUGCAGAUAACGUGCACGUACGACGCGCUCAAGGAGCGUGGUCAGGCGCUUGGGACGUGGCCCACGUUCCUUGACGAGCGAGGGAUGAAGCGCGACGAACCAACGACGUUUGCGGACGUGAGCUGCGGCGACCGACAUACGCUCGUGCUCGUGCGCUCCAUGGCCAUCGUCAAGCAGGCGGUGCUGGCGUUUGGCGACGGCAGCAACGGCCGCCUCGGUGUCGGCACGGACAAGGACCACACUUUGCCGUGCUUGAUCGCAGCGUACAAGACGCAGCAAGGCAUCGUGUUUCCGCCCAUCCAAAGAAUCCACGCCGGCCCGAGCCAUAGUCUCGCCAUCACCCACACGGGCGAACUCUAUACGUGGGGAAACGGUGGCCACGGACGCCUCGGCCAUGGAUGCGAAGAGAGCGACUGGUCGCCGAAGCGCGUCGAGUACUUUGCCCUCACUGGUCCCCAAGCAACAGCGACGACAAUCAAGCAAGCUGUCUGCGGCGGAAGUCACACAUUAGCGCUGGAUGCCCAAGGCCGUGUGUACUCGUGGGGCCGAGGCGACAACGCGCAACUUGGUUUUGCUGACUUCAAAGACGCGUGGACACCCCACGUCGUCUUGCCUAACGAGGCGACUCCCGGUGUUGUUGGUCGCGCGAUCGCAGCAGGGCGACUGCACUCAACCGUGAUUGACACGCGCGACCAAGUGUACAUUUGGGGCGACAACGCGUUGGGUCAGCUGGGCUUACCACCGACGUCGGUACCAUUCCAACCGACGCCGCUGACGUUGCCUUCGUCGGCCAUCGGCGGCGCGUCCGGCACGACAACCGUAGCGCUGGGGGAUCUCUACUCGCUUUUCGUGGUGAAGCGGGACGAGACGUAUCAUUUCCACAAGCUCCGGCUCUUGAACGAGAACGCAGACGAGAGCGGAGCCAGUCAAAAUAGCGACACCGCUGAACAAGUCAGGUCGCCUCGAAAGACAACGUUUUGGUCCCGGCGGCCGUGGCGACGUCAAGCGAACGAAGCGCCGGCAUCGAGCGCAACGACGAAAUGGUCGUUCGCGAUCCACGAGCCCACCGAGUCGCUCGAGUUGCCGUCGAGCACGGAUCGGUUUCUGCAUUUAAUGGCGACGACCAAGAUCGCCAAGCGCCUGCCACAAAUGAACCGCCAAGCGUCCAUGGAAGCGAUGCACCGCAGUCACGCCAAGCUCGCCACCUUCCAUCUGACCCAAGCCGACCACGAGCCCGAGUCGAGACGAAUUGCACAGCCAACAAAGCCAGUUGUUGUAAAAGGGAUGGCUUCGUGGCGGGCGCGACGGACAGGGACGACGAAACACACGACGGCGGCAUUUGGGUCGGCACCGCGGUUCCACUACCGCAAGCCAUCAACCGUGACCCCGACCACAGCCAUCGUCGUAGAGACUCCGUCCAAGCGACACUCGAACAACUACUUCGGUCUUGCCAAACGACUCGAAGCUCCCGUACUACCGACCCCAGGCCCCGGCGCGUACGACAUCCCGCGUAUUGCAGUGCCGGAACGGGUUGGGACGCCGUUUGGAUCGACGGCGCCCAAGACUCUGUGCUUGACCAAACCGCCGUACACGCGCGAAGCGCUCGAGCUCCACCCCGAGUCGGCGGCACCCCUCGUUUACCCAACGUCACCCAGCAUCAAGAUCGACGACGGCCAUGGCUAUAGCCGCGUCGUGGGGCGCCAACUCGCCAAAGGCAAGGGCAGCACGCCAGGCCCCGGGGCCUACAACCUACCCAGCGCUUUGCAGUAG